AUGGAUACCGGCCAGGCUUUUUUCUAAACGUGAACAAGGAUCGUUCGGUCUUACUUCCUGAACGUAAACGACGAGAUACGGCUUUGAAAAUGUCUCCCUUGGAAAGCAACGAGGAUAAUAUCGACCUCGAGGACUGUGGAUAGAUAAACACAUCGCCUGGGAAUCUCUCCUUGAACGAGGGGGCUUCUUCGGGUAUAAACCGAAUCUCCGAAGUUCUCGUUUGAGAACGAAGCUGGGUACGACAUACCCAGUUGCAUAGCGGUGAUAAUCUUCCGUCGAGUCGUUUUGACUCGCGGUGUAAACUUUCGCACAGACUUAGUCGGUGGGCUUCCGCGGCCCACCCUCACACUCGUCAAGCUGGCUAGCGCCCUGACGGCCGGUAUGAAUCCCCACCAUCCUGGCCAUCCCGGUCACCAAGGUCACCCCGGUCACCCGAGUCAUCCAGCAGCCUAUCCGCACCACCAGUCGCUCUCGAGCAGCCCCCAUCACCCGGGGCCCGGAAACGCGCACCAUGGCUACACGCCGGGGGGCGGUGGAGGCGGUGGCGGUGGUCCCACGACGACGCCGGACCUUCCCAGCCCCCAUUCGCCCUCGCACGGGGCGCCGACGGACCCCGGCGUACCUUACACGACGUUAACCGGGAGCCAAGGAAUGCCCAGUAACGGGCAUCAUCACGGUGCCGGCGGUGGAAUGAUCGGUGAACACCCUCAUCACCCUGGACAUCCUCACCCUCAUCAUCCAGGUCACCCCGCGUAUGCGCCCGUCAACCAUAACAACAACUGCACGCUGAAGCAAGAAGAAGGUCCCGGAGGACCGACGAGUAUACAGCAAUGUGCGGGGUGUGGUGGUCGCAUAGUGGAACGGUGGCUCCUGCUCGCUCUGGACCGUUACUGGCACAACGGAUGCCUAAAAUGUACCUGUUGCGGUGCAGCGCUUGCUGAGAUCGGGCGCAGCUGUUUCACGAAGGGCAAUAUGAUCCUCUGCAAGAAUGACUACACUCGACUCUUCGGAAGCACCGGAGCCUGCGCCGGAUGUUCGCAAACGAUACCGGCCAGUGACUACGUCAUGAGAGCCGGCGGCGCAGUCUUUCACCAGAAAUGCUUCACCUGCAGUAAAUGUGGAACGCAACUUUUGUCCGGUGACAGGUACGGCCUCGGUCUGUCCGGAGCGCCGGUGUGCGAAACGGAUUGGCACAAAAUGGUGAAAUCGGCCGGGGUAGGCGCCAGCGGUAACGGUGGUGCCCCGGUGAGGAAAGGAAAAGUCGGGAGGCCGAGAAGAAGCAGAGACUGAGCC